GCCAGUUGGAACAAAAGGAAGAGGAGGAGGAGAGGAGGAUACCGUGGAGGUGAAGGGGGGGGAGGCGGUGGUGCGGAGCGACGGAUUUGUUUUCUUGCACAACGGUGGAGCAAAACGGCCUCAAACUGUGGGGCUCUGGGGCGUUCUUCCUUCCUCCGCAAGGGAUGUACUACCCUCAUAUGGUGCAGACAGGGAUGGCUGCGCCCUAUGGUGGGGGUGUCUUCCCUCCUCCGGUAAACGGGGUUGCGGGUGUCGUGGGGGCGGCCGGUGCAGCCGGUGACGUUAAGCCACCGCCACCAGUGACGGUGAAGGAGGAGAAUGCCGGUGCGCCCCAGCAACCACCCCCGACCGGCGGGCCCCAGGUGCCGCCUGCGGCAGGAGCACCCCAUCCCGCCGCCCCUGGUGCGCCGACCGCUGCCAGCUUCAGUCCGCCUCCGCCUCCGAACGGGGUCGAUCAACAGGCCAUCUCGGAGGUGUUCCAAGCUGCAGUAGUAGCAGCGGCAGCUGCAGCCGCGAGUGGCGGUGGCCAACAACCAGCACCAACACCAGGCGGUGGCAGUGAGACCAACCCCGAAGGCGGAGUGGAGGCUACUGCGUUGGUACCCGUCACGUCAGGCGCGACGACACCCGCGACAGCAACACAAGGCACCGACCUUAAAGGUCAACCAAAACGCUUGCACGUCAGCAACAUACCUUUUCGUUUCCGAGACCCUGACCUCAGGGCAAUGUUCGGGCAAUUUGGGCCAAUCCUUGACGUGGAAAUUAUAUUUAACGAAAGGGGAAGCAAGGGAUUCGGUUUUGUAACAUUCGCAAAUAGUGCUGACGCGGACCGGGCACGUGAGAGGCUACACGGCACCGUGGUUGAGGGCAGAAAGAUUGAGGGGAACAACGCAACUGCGAGGGUACAGACGAAAAAACCGCCGACGGUGCCGAACGUGUGCGUACAGUGGCCCGAGGCUGCGGCACUUAGAGGAGUUGCCAUACAACGUGGCCGAGUAGGAGCAGCGAGGGCGACUUUUCCAACCAGCGCGGCCGCCUUGGCACUGGCCAGGAAUCCGGGGCAACUUGCAGCUGCAGCUGCGGCCACGGCCCUACAUCCCUUCGCACCCGCCGUUUACUACGACCCCUUCCUCGCGGCUCACGCAGCGACGCAGGAUCCCAACUAUAGGUUGCAGGCCCCCCCCCCCCCAGCCGCAGCCUCACCAUUGUUGAAGACACCACUAUCAACGGCACAGCAGGCUACAUACGCAGCUGCAGCAACCUACACGGCGGUGGCUGCGCGCGCAUACGGCGCAGCUGCAGCUGCGGCACAACCGGUCGCAGGAUAUGCCGCAGUCGCGGGCUACGGGCGUGAAUACGCCGAUCCCUACCUCGGACAUGGCAUCGGACCUGUGGCGGGUUACGGGGCAACUGUAUACAGAGGUGGCUACAAUAGGUUCACGCCAUACUAAAUGGAUCAUUAGUAGAACCCAAGAGCCUUCCAAGUUAUACUCAGCAGAACAUGACCAGACACGAGUCGACACAAUCAUCACCAUCAUUUUUGUCAUCAUCGAGAUCAUCCACGAGACGACGAGCCUGGACUCUCCCAUGCUGAUUUUACCUUCCAACUUUGUGACUCAAGAUCAUCGUGAAAAUGCGAAAUCCUCGACACAGAAAUCGAAACGGAACUGUUAUUAACGUGAAAAGCACCGUCUGCAUCAAAUAGUACCUUCGAAAAUAUAUAAGCGACAAUUGAAAUAGGCGAGAAAAAUCUGUAAAAAUGCAACGGCAGCGUCGAGGUCGGCGCAUCAAAGUAUCGAGUCGUGUUCGGCCAGAAAUCGCCUUUGAAGUUGCCUCUAAAGUCGCUCCUCUGCCAGCAGCUAUUCGCAGGGGGGAGUCUUUUACUUGACUCCAUUUCCAUCUGAUCAAUUAGUCCGAGUAAAUUGAACUGAAAUCCAAAUAUCAAAUUUGAAAUAAAACUAAUGGUAACUGCUUUUCACACUUUCGAAUUUUACUGCAUAAAAUUACUUUCGAUAAUACCAUCACGUUUCUCUAUAUUUGUCAUAUAUUCCUCUUUAAUACGAUAUUAAGCGUUUUAAUUUUGCGAACAAUUUUAUGAGUCACUAAAUGGAAUAUAAUAGUAGUUAUAUUUCUUUCUCUCUCCUGUUUAUAGUUUCUAUAAAACGCAUUCAUGUUGUGAUAUUACGUCUGAUACGAUGCAUGAUUCAUGCACAUUUGCCUAUUCACUGAAAUAUUUGUAAUAUAGCUGUACAUUUAUUGUAAUUAUUUCUAUUUAAGUCAACGUUGCACAUUAUAAUUUGCAUUCAUAGUCUAAAUUAGCAGAUAGUGUUAAUAAUUCGAAGAGGCUGCCGAAUCGCACGCGCGAAGAAGCGCCUUAAACAAUUCGCACAAAUAUCGUAGGACAAUUUUACGCACAUGAUUUAUUUAGAUGGAAAUAAAAUGAUCAAAUGCGCGAUUAUUGAAUCAUUACCGUAAAAUGAUAUGAUAUACCUUACUACAGUACAAGAUAUAAUUUCUCUGCCAUGGCAGCGAGGCAUUGACGAUUUUAGUCGACACGAACCGACACAAGGUGAUCCGAAAAAGCGAGAUCUUUAGGUAGCUA